CUGGCCGCCAUUAGCUUCUCUGCCCGAUUCGUCCUUGGACCCGAUCACACCUGCCCUCCCGAACAACAGGCACUCAUAUUAGUUGGCGACUGGGGGGUGGGCAAAGACAUCUUGUGCCAGCGAAUGUGUCCAGGGUUUACACCGGAAGAUGGAUAUCAUAUGCACCAUCGCAACAAUAGUGCAGCUUUAAACUUGGAUGCAUCUCUUGAACCGAUUCUCUUGUCGUCAAUGGGGCCUAAACCGAAGGAUUGGGCCGCAUUGGAGCAACAACUCGUCAAGUUACAACUAAAUAUUUUGAACCCUUUUGACAAUGAUGAAAAUGUUGUGAGAAUGACUCCUCUAGUUCUCAUAGCAAAAGAUGUUAUAGGACUAUGCUAUAACGUUGCUAGGCCCGAAACAUUGGAGAGAGUCGUACACAAGUGGUUCCCAAAAACAUGUCACUAUCAACCUACCACCCCUCUGGUCUUGAUCGGCUGUCCUCCUAAUAACAUUUUGAAAAGCCUUUCCGACCCGGACCCUAUCGAAGCAUCAUCAGAGGAAAGCAAUCCAAUACCCUCUCAAGUUCCGUCACCCCAGAUGGUUACAACUGAGCAGGUCCGACAAGCCGCUGCUGAAAUUGGGGCAGUUGCUUCCUUGAUGUGGGUAGAUCCAGAAGAUGGAAAUACAAAUGGUGGUUUCUCAAAUGAACAAGAGAAUGAUCCUGCUUUGGAUGAAUGGUCGACGGACGGCAGCUUGCACCUGAACACUACCACCUCCGCCCUCUCAUGGCAACUGAGAGCCUCAAGUCGGAGUCCUCAGAACGAACGCGUUCCUCGGUUCAUAACUCUCAGAGUAUCAACAAAGGAAAAUCAAGGCAUGGGCGAGAUAUAUUAUCACAUGAAGUCGCAGGUCCCAAAGGAAAAGUUUAUAGGCUAUCUAAUCACGCCGCCAAUAAGACCUUCAACGGAUCCACUCGACUUCUUGCCGCAUGAACUCUGGACACACAUCAUCAGUCUGGCCAUAUUGGGUGAAGAAUCAGUAUUUGACGAGAUCACACCUCACUUGGUCAUGGUUAUGAUGCUUGUAUCGAGGAGAUGGGAGGCUUUCCUCAUUCAGACGCCGAUGUUCUGGACCAAUAUCCAUAUACGAGACGACCUGCACGACUUACACGCAGAUAUCGCUACUUGUCUUCAUUUAUCUCAGGACCUUCCGCUUAAUCUAUAUAUUACAUUGCAAUGUGCCGGCUGGGCGAGUAUUAGAACAAUACUAUACCCUCACCGGUCACGAAUCAAAGCUCUUAACUUACUGUACAAGAGCCCUUUUGGCGCUCAGUCGGAUCAAGUUCACGGUUUAUGGAUGUCAACCAUUCGCGACUUGUCACCCCUCCUUCACCUAACUCGAAUCACAAAGCAGGGUCCUGUUCACGUCCGAUGGAAGCAAAAUGGGUUACAGACGAUGCAAGACUUAGUAUCUCUAAGGGAAUGUGAUGGUGUGAGAUUCUAUCUGGAGUCACUCCAGUGGAAGAAUCUACAACAAGCCAAAUCCCUUCGACUGAAAGGAGAUUUUCUCACCGCAUUUCCGGUUCUUGGAGAGAAUCCUUCUCUCGAGUACCUAUUCUUCUCCCAAUGGGAUCCCAAGAACGAUCGCUCGGUCGCAGAAAUACCUCAUCGUCCACUUCUCUGUAAAUCCCUCGUCUACCAAGACACUCGUCCUUCUUUCCCUUUUGGCUUAUUCCCAAAAUUGCCUAGUCUACAGAGUCUUCACAUCUCUGUUGGUACCAAGCUGCUGACCCAUUUGAUCACCGAGGUCACCAGUAUGCCGCAACUGAAGAUGGUCAACCUCGACGUCUUUGUCAGAGAGGAUGACGGCUUCGAAUUACCUACAAUUUCCCUCAAACAUUCUGGAGUUCAUACCCUACGUAUGAAAUUCUCGCGCGUCGAAUGGGACCACGAUCUUGUGGACUUCCCCGCCAUUCGAGACCUCACGGCAUUGCUUAUUUGGGCGUUGCCCUGCAUCGAAGAUUUAUGCCUCAAUUAUAUUCGACCUGGAGAAAUGACAAAUUUUCUUCAACAUGAAGGGUUCUUGAAUCCCACGGAGCUCCAAUUGUGUUUAAUUGGACCGAACGAGAAAAUUCACAACCAAUGGAUGCCUCCCAACUUGACCAAGUUUCAACUAGUUUGCAACAGCAUGUCGCCCCUCCGAGGCCCACCAAGUAAUAUCAAAGAACUAGUGUUGCGAGCCGGCUACAUCAACAAUCCCGAAGCAGGAAAGCACCUCAUGGAUGUCCUUGCUCCCUGGCCCGCUUUAGAACGACUAGAGUUGACAGAUACAUGUAUAUCUGGGACCAAUGCAACUCUUCCCUUCCUCCGUGAACUGAAGUUGUUAUCCAUGCCAUUAUCCAUCACCGAGCAUUUCACGCGGUUUUGUAAAGAUCUUGCGUUGUCACCACAUAAUCACCCAUACCUAGAAUCGAUAUCCUCCUCGCAUAUCCCAGAAUGGGACAUCCUUUUUAUCAUGCUCGAACGGCGAAACCUCUAUUCUCCACCUGGGGUACACCCAAUUUGCAAGCUUGAAUUACCAAAUCGUAUCCCAAAGGGUGUCUUCGACUCCCUUCACUCUGUUCUCGAAUGCAAAACUCCUCAGCGCCCAACCAACUUUGAAUUGUCACUGAACGGCAGUAUUGAGAUAAUCCUAGACCUCAGUUUGUGA